AUGACAUCGUUAAAGGUCCUCAUCUGCGGUGGUGGCUGUGCUGGUCCUGCUCUAGCCUACUGGCUCUCCAAAUGCGGUCACCAAGUCGUUGUGGUCGAGCGUUUCCCUUCACUCCGGGCGUCCGGUGCUCAGAUCGAUCUCCGUGCCCAGGGGAUAGAAAUUGUCAAGCGUAUGGGUCUGCUGGAUGUCAUCCGCACCAAACUUGUUGACGAAGUUGGGUUCUCCUUCGUCGAUUCUCAGGGCCGGGUGAAAGCUACGAUUAUGGCCAAUAAGUCCGGUAAAGGUGCGCAGUCAUUGACAUCGGAGUUUGAGAUUAUGAGAGGAGAUCUGGUGCGCGUGUUGUACGAUGCUACAAAGGAUAACGUCAAGUAUGUCUUUGGCAAAAAGGUGGAAUACCAUGAGCAAGAUGAGCAGCAGGUUAUGGUUUACUUUUCAGAUGGUUCUUCGGAUUAUUUUGAUCUACUGGUUGGCGCAGAUGGUCAAGGAUCCAGGAUUCGACAAGCUAUACUGACACCCCCGAACACAAAUCCCUAUAAGCGACUUGGUGUACAUAUAGCAUAUUACUUUGUCCCGCGUACCCAAGACGAUACCGACACUAGCCAUAUGUACCACUGCGCAGGCGGCCGAGUAAUCAUGCGACGGAGUCACAAUCAAGAACAAAGCCAAGUAUACCUAUUUCUUCGCGACGGAUCCGAAGAGUUACAAAGUCUCUCCAAAGCACCACUUGAACAACAAAAAGAGUUUUGGUCUCAACGGUUCGCCGACGCUGGUUGGCAAGCUCCACGUUUUCUAGGGGAUAUAAAAACUACGGACAACUUCUAUUGUCAAGAAGUGGUGCAAGUCCGUAUCAAUUCGUGGUACAAGGGACGAGUCGUACUACUUGGUGAUGCUGCUCAUUGUGCAUCUCCAUUUAGCGGCAUGGGGACAACUGGGGGUUUUGUUGGCGCCUACGUUCUCGCCGGUGAGAUCAACCGUCAUCGCGAUGAUCUUGCUCAGGCCUUUGCCAACUAUGAAGAGAAGUUGAGACCGUUUGUUAAUGAGCUUCAGAAAAUGAGUCCGACUGGUGUACGGCUUUUUGCGCCGGAGACACAAUGGGCGAUUCGGUGGCUUUGUAUCUUGCGUAUUCCGGAUUUGUUGGCCAGAAUUUCGAGUGAUGAGAAGGGUGGUUGGAAGUUGCCGGAUUAUCCUGAACUCUACAGUAUCUAA